AUGGCUCCUUCAAUCGCGGAAAUCCCAGAGAAGACCGAAAAUGCUCCUAUUACCGUGCCGGUGAAGGCAGUUGAAGGGUCAGCUGAAGCCACCAAGAUUCGAAGAGUCAUCGAGGAGGAAGGGGGGAAGACAACAGCAAGCUACCCAAACUACCUCCCCGUCUGGGACCAUAACGAAAAAUACCCAGUCCUUGAGCCCUUCGAGCAUGUCGAGCACGGCCUAAACGCCGACCCAACAUUCAAAGACCUCCUCCCGUCAAGCUCCAAGAUCACCAAACUCACCCCAAGCACCGGAAGCGAGGUAACGGGUGUCCAACUGAGCAAACUCAGCGCCGCAGGAAAAGACCAACUUGCCCUCCUGGUAGCCCAACGCAAAGUCGUCGCCUUCCGGGACCAAGACUUCGCCGACCUGCCCAUCCAGGAGGCGUUGGAUUUUGGUGGGUAUUUCGGCCGUCACCACAUCCAUCCCACGUCGGGCAACCCAGAAGGAUAUCCGGAAAUCCACCUCGUUCACCGAGACGGGAGCAAAUCCGAGUUUGAAUCAUUCCUUGCGAAUAGGAAUUCUGCCGUGGGGUGGCAUUCUGACGUGACGUACGAGCAACAGCCUCCAGGAACGACCUUCUUGUACAUCUUCGAUGGGCCCGAGGCUGGCGGCGAUACCGCGUUUGUCAACCAGGUGGAGGCGUAUAAUAGGCUUAGUCCGGCGCUGAAGGAGAGAUUACAUGGUUUGAAGGCUGUGCAUAGUGGGUUUGAGCAGGCGGAGGGGAGUCGCUCGAGAGGUGGUGUUGUUAGACGGGAGCCAGUACAAACGGAGCAUCCGCUUGUGAGGACGCAUCCUGCUACGGGGGAGAAGGCAUUGUUCGUUAAUGGUGGUUUUACCCGUAGUAUCGUCGGCCUCCGAAAGGAAGAAAGUGAUGCUCUACUAGGCUUUUUGCUGAACCAUGUCGGUCGUGGUAUUGAUUACCAAGUCCGUGUUCGAUGGGCGCCCAAGACUGUCGUUGUUUGGGAUAAUCGCGUCACGGCGCAUUCAGCCAUCGUUGACUGGAUUACAGGCGAGCGUCGCCAUUUGGCUCGUAUUACCCCCCAGGCGGAGCGUCCUUAUGAGACGCCAUAUGUAUCUGAACCUGAGCCUAAGCCGGAGGUUUUCAAAGCGUGA